UCAGAAAAACAUAUCUUCUCAUCCCUCUCAAACCCAAAGAUUGGCCCACUUCUUCAUCUCUGAAGAAAAAGAAUCCAGGAGCAUGGGUUCUGCAACUUUUGCUGGUUCAUGGUCUGAAUGGAGCCAAAGAAGAAAAGGGGAGUACUGGUUAGAGCUGUCAUUGUUUUACAGUUGGGCCAUGAAAGCCCAGUCUUUGUCUUGGCGUUAAGCCUUUUCUUAUUAAUCCCCUUCCUCCCUCUUGGAUUUUCCUUCUCUGCUCACCAUCACAGUGUGGGGAGGGAAGACAUGGCCGUCGAUUCCUAAUGUGGAUUUCUUGGACAAAAAGCAGGCGCAGGCUUCCCCACUUUAGGUUCAAGAAUGGAGAAACGGUGCAGCUCCCUUCUUCAAGUCUUGCAUCAGUGGAGUCCCUCACUGUGCCACAGGAGCAGGUGAUCGUUAUGACGGCGGAUCUGAAGUGCCCGGAUGGAAGGCGAAGAGUAUCUGAAGUUCUAUCAAGAAUGGGUGAUGACAUAGGGUCGGUUUUGGUGGACUCGAGGGAAAAGACGGUCAUCCUGAGUUGCAGAUUCGGCGGCAACGCAAGGAAGAAGAGCGUCAGUAGCUGGUUAUAUGCACCAGUAUGGCAUAUAACCAGGUCGCGCAGUCUGUAAUACUGAAGAACUGUAAAAGUUGGUAGGACCAGUCUUUCGAAGGCUGAUGUACAAUGAAUUAAUGGCGUCCCCCAUUUCUUGGGCCAGUAAAUCCUCAGUUUCCUGUAGUA